AAACAGGCUGUCGCGCCCCUGAUUGCGUAAUACGCAGCGGCCGAGGUGGUUCCGCUGGCUGCUGGGUACGCGGCGAGAGACACCCCGGCUUGACCGCUCGGCCUGACUGCUCGGUUCGGGCUGCCUGCGAGCUCGGCCGCCGCCGACAUGGACUCCGCCGGCCAAGAUAUCAACCUGAAUUCCCCCAGCAGAGUGCUGCUCUCCGACUUCGUCUCGGAGGCGCCCAUCGGCCCAGGUGUGGGCACACAGACCCCGGCCAUGCAGGCUCUGACCACAGCAGAGGAGGAGGAGCUCAGGGCCGAGCUCGUCAAGGUGGAAGAAGAGAUCGUCACCCUGCGCCAGGUGCUGGCGGCCAAGGAGAGGCACUGCGGAGAGCUGAAGAGGAGGCUGGGCCUCUCCGCCCUGGAGGGGCUGAAGCAGAACCUGUCCCGGAGUUGGCACGAUGUGCAAGUCUCUAAUGCCUAUGUGAAAACAUCUGAGAAACUUGGGGAGUGGAAUGACAGAGUGACGCAGUCUGACCUCUACAAGAAGACUCAGGAAACUCUCUCACAGGCAGGACAGAAGACGUCAGCUGCCCUGUCCACCAUGGGCUCUGCCAUCAGCAGGAAGCUUGGGGACAUGAGGGCUCAUCCGUUCUCACACUCCUUUAGCAGCCACUCCAUCCGCCACUCGAUAAGCAUGCCGGCCAUGAGGAACUCUGCAGCCUUCAAGUCCUUCGAAGACCGCGUCGGGACCAUCAAGUCGAAGGUCGCGGGUGGCGGAGAGAACGGCGGCGACCACCUUGCCGCCUCGGCCGCGGGCGGCACCCAGCCCCUGCCAGAGCAUGCGCCUUUCUAGCCUCCCGCGCGCCCUCCCCGCCAGCCAGCGAAGCACGGAGCCGCGCCGGCCGCCUGCAGCGGGUGUGAGCAGAAAUCUCACACGAAAGGUCACAGGUCACCGCGCUGCCCUUCCUGGGGGCAGGAAGUGGACAGGGUGGCUCCCUGGGGACGUCCGGAGCAGCCCCGCCCGUGCCUGCCCUGCGACCCGGAAAGGAAACAGCAGUGCUCGCUGUCACACGGGUGACCUGGCUUCAACAAAGCAAAUUCAUUAUUUUUUUAAUGCAGUGGACUUUUCAAAAAUUAAAUUCAGGCAAGCAGCUUGGCCUCACCUUGCAGAA